CCCUUUUCUCAUAUUUUGAGACACUAUAACCUCGAUUUUCCCCAACAAAACCUAUCUUUGAAGGCCAACCUUAUAAUGCCUGGUUAUCGGUUAUCAUCGCGAUAUGAACGCAAUAUCCACUUCGUCAAUAGCGAAAAUGAUGAGCUCGGAGGUGCCUGGCAGGCGGGUUCGCUCACCUGGGCCGAGAUGACCCAGCGUAUGGAGAUCCUCUUUGAACUUCCUACUACAAAUUUUGCCCUGUUCCCUUGCCUUGAAGACGGGGACCCUAAUGAUCCUCUCAGUCACCAUGGCCCGCCUAUUAAGUUACAGAAGCCGAAUAUAAUCAAGCCUGGCUUCUACGUCCUCCUCAGCCCAGAUGGAGAGCCGGUCGACAUCCCAGUUAACCCAGAGAUGCCUCUGCCCCGCGCUCUAUCCCGGCCUCUAUCUAGCCCGAAUGACCCGCUCAGCCUGAAGCUUCGCAACCGGGUACGUGAACGUGAUGGCCGAUGUGUUAUUACAGGCCGAAAAGCGAAAAGCGGAGACUUUUUAGCCCUCGAGGUAGCACAUAUUUUUCCAGUGGCGCAACUUGAAAUGGUAUUGUAUAGCCACUGAUAAUCACUAUAUGUAGGAUAGGCACUCUGGCGGAUAUUUUUAUAGUGGG